CAUCUGCGUGAAUCUCUUGAACUUCAGCCUGGUGAAGCACGUUUAUUUUUAAAUGGCCUUCCAAUAGACUUGGAUCUUCGUGAUCCAUUUAGCAUUUUAGAAACUCUGAAGACAGAAGGGAAAGUAAUGCAUAUUCUUCACUCCCUUGGAAUUAAGGGAGAUCUUCCAAGUAAAUUCAUGAGAUUAGCUGCCCAGGCUCAGGAUGCAUCUUAUGCAUUAGACAUUCGUCACUCCUCAAUUGUGUGGGUCAAUAACAUAGAAACGGAUCCUAUGUAUAACAAGUGGCCUUCAAGUUUUCAGGAACUUCUCAAGCCAGCCUACGCAGGAAUGAUGCGACAGAUUAGACGGAAUUUAUAUAAUAUGGUCCUCUUUAUUGACCCUCUCCAGGAAGAAGCAGCUGGUUUCAUGAAACUUAUUGAGAUAAUCUACACUCAGAAAGUACCUCUAAGAAUUGGCUUUGUUUUCAUCUUAAAUACUGAUAAAGUGGUUGAUGGAAAUGAGGAUGCAGGAGUUGCCCUAUGGAGAGCUUUUAACUAUGUUGCAGAGGAAGUGGAUAUCCCUCAAGCUUUUGUCUCCGUAAUUAAUAUGUAUCAUGAAGUAAAAGAUGGAGGUGUGCUUUCAGUGGACCAUGUGAAGCGUGUUCUUCGUAGACAGUUUCCUCAUGCUGAUAUGGAGGAAAUUCUGGGUGUUGACUCUGAUUAUGAUCAUAAGAGAAAGGCAGGAGCAAUGUUUUAUAAGAAGACUGGCCUGGGCCCAUUGCCUCAAGCUCUUUUUAAUGGUGUGCCUUUUAACAGAAAAGAGAUGAAUAUUGCAGAACUAGAGACCUCUCUGCUGAAGAUCAUGGAUGCCACAGAGGCCUUUCAGCGGGCAGUGUUCAUGGGCUUGCUAAAUGAUCAUAAAGAUGCAGUUGAUUUCAUCAUGGAGCAACAGAAUAUAGUUUCUCAUAUAAAUGACAGAAUUCUUGGUGAUGAAAAAAGAUACUUGAAUUUUGAAUCCCCAUCAGUUCCUGUAGAUACAAAUGACUAUUCAACAUUUUCCUUCUUGGAUUCUCAAGAUAAAACUUUCGUUAUUUCUGAAAACAUGAACUAUGUUACAAGGCAAGAUGAUGCGUUAAUCUAUCCAGUAACCAUAUGGAUUGUGGCUGAUUAUGACAAGCCAGAUGGAAGGCAGUUGCUUUCUACUGCACUGAAACACCUGAAAACCAGCAGUCAUAUUCAGCUUGGGAUUGUGAAUAACCCUACUUCAAAAAUAACAGAAGACAACACUAUUAUUGCAAGAGCAAUCAUGGCAGCAUUUUUAACCCAGAAAAACUCUAAUUUGAAAAAUUUUCUUGGUCGGAUUCUUAAGGACGAGACGGCAGGGGCCCUUGCUGCAGGAACCAAAAUUAAGAAGUUUUUUUUCCCGGGCAUGGAUAAUGAUGCUCUUGAGAAGAAAUAUAAUACUUUGGGUGUUGAUAUAAUUCAGACUCAUCAGGUAUUUUGUCAUGAAGUUCUCAAAUUGCUUCCUGGGGAAAUGGCUGUUGUUAUCAAUGGAAGGAUCUUAGGCCCCUUAAAAGAAGAUGAAUUAAAUACCGAAGACUUUGAUUUGUUGGAGAAGAUAACUCUAAAUACAGCAGCUGCAAAGAUUAAAACACUUGUCAAGGAAAUGGGUGUUGACAAUAAACGUGGCAGUAAUUUAGUAAUGAAAGUGAACGCCCUUCUUUCUUCUUUGCCAAUAACUGAUGACCGCCAAGACGUUGAAUUUUUCAAAGACCAACACAGCAUACUGAAGAUAAAUCCAGAGCAAAAUGAACCCUACUUUGAUUUAAUUGGUAUUGUUGAUCCACUAACAAGAGAAGCCCAGAAGUUAUCACAUUUAUUGAUUGUGCUUGGUCAGAUUGUCAACAUGAAGCUGAGACUGUUCAUGAACUGUAGAUCGAAUCUGUCAGAAGUACCUUUGAAAAGUUUCUAUCGUUUGGUUAUGGAGCCAGAACUCUCUGUGGGGUCCAAUAAUUUCUUUCCUCUUUCACUCGGAGCAAACUUCCUUGAAAUGCCAGAGUCUCCUCUUCUGACACUGAACAUGAUCACUCCAGAAAGUUGGUUGGUUGAAGCCGUGAGCAGUCCUUAUGACCUUGACAACAUUCAUUUAAAAGAUGUAGAUGGGAUGGUUUCAGCUGAGUAUGAAUUGGAAUAUUUGUUGCUGGAAGGACAUUGCUAUGAUGUGACCACUAGGAAGCCACCUCGUGGAUUGCAGUUCACUCUUGGAACAAGGAAUAAUCCUGUCAAAGUUGAUACCAUUGUGAUGGCCAACCUGGGGUAUUUUCAAUUAAAAGCCAACCCAGGGGCUUGGAUUUUGAGACUACGUGAAGGAAGAUCUGAAGAAAUUUACCAAGUGUUUAAGCAUGAAGGGGCCGAUUCUUCUGAGGGUCUAGAAGAGGUUAUUGUAGUAUUAAAUAGUUUUAGAAGCAAAAUCAUCAGAAUCCAAGUAGAAAAAAAAACUGACAAUGAUAAUGAAGAUCUCCUGAACGAAGUAACAACAGAAGAGAAGGAAGUUUCCAUGACCAGUUCUACAGGAGGAACUUGGAAAGCAGAAAUGGAGAAGAAAACUGAUGUAUUGAACAUAUUUUCAGUGGCUUCUGGCCAUUUAUAUGAGCGCUUUUUAAGAAUAAUGAUGCUCUCAGUUCUGCGCCACACAAAGACACCAGUGAAAUUUUGGUUUCUGAAAAAUUACCUUUCACCUACAUUUAAAGAGGUUAUACCUUAUAUGGCUGAAGAAUAUGGCUUUGAGUAUGAGCUGGUACAGUACAAAUGGCCCCGCUGGCUUCAUCAGGAGACAGAAAAACAAAGACUCAUCUGGGGUUAUAAAAUUCUCUUCUUGGAUGUUCUCUUUCCACUGGCUGUGGACAAAAUAAUAUUUGUUGAUGCUGAUCAGAUUGUAAGAAGUGAUCUGAAAGAACUCCGCGAUAUAAAUUUAAAAGGAGCGCCUUAUGGUUAUACCCCUUUCUGUGAUAGCCGUAGAGAAAUGGAUGGCUACCGUUUCUGGAAGUCAGGAUAUUGGGCUUCACACCUUGGGAAAAGGAAGUAUCAUAUCAGUGCUUUAUACGUUGUGGAUCUGAAGAUAUUCCGGAAGAUUGCUGCAGGAGACAGACUUAGAGGUCAAUAUCAAGCACUUAGUCAGGAUCCAAACAGUUUAUCCAACCUAGAUCAGGAUCUUCCAAAUAACAUGAUUCAUCAGGUGACUAUUAAGUCUCUUCCUCAAGAAUGGUUGUGGUGUGAAACCUGGUGCAGUGAUGAAUCCAAAGAAAAGGCUAAAACCAUUGAUCUGUGCAACAAUCCAAAAACUAAGGAACCUAAACUAGAAGCAGCUGUCAGAAUUGUUCCUGAAUGGACAGAUUAUGACUCUGAAAUACAGAAGCUAAUAAAUCGUAUCAGAAAAGAGAAGAGAAGCAGGACCCUGUUCCAUCCAAAAGAGUCCAAACAUGAUGAACUUUAGGAAUAUUUGACAAAGCUGACCACAGGCAGAAAAGAAAAGCUGGUUUUAAUUAAUGUAAUUAAGAUACACUGUCUGUAUAUUUUAAGAAGACUCUGCAAUUUUUUAAAAAACUGCUUUUACACUCAUUGCAUGUGGCAUAGAACGAACAGACUGUAAAAGAUGCCCAAUAAAGCAUAUUUGGAAAUGA